AUGGCUAUGGCCGCCCACCAUAUGUCACGGAGCACGAACGGCCAGAACCGGCUGGUCAACGCCCCCGUCACCAAGGCCUUCGCCGUGUGCCCCAUGAAAUGCUUCUCCGUCGGCGGCGACAUCUACGGCUCGAAAGCUGCAUACCGGUCUAACGCCCGCAUCUGCCUCGCAGCGUACGUCAACGGACUGGCUUCUUACAAGAAUGUCACCGCCUUCGGUAUCACCUCCAAAACAGCCGCCGCAUCCCCCAACGCCUUCAACAGGCAGCAGCAGCAGGCGGUGCUGCUGUGCCCGCUGCGGGACAGCGACUGA